AUGUCUCUAAACAGAGUAAUUUCCCUUGAAUCGUGGGAUUACCGCCCCUCCUCAUUCCGCCACCGGGAGAGGCCGAACCUAGACCAUGGAGACAAUGCCUUUGCGGAAGAGAGAGAAGGGAACGAUUCCUUUUCCAAUGCCAGAACGCGGUUGGCUCAAGUGCGACCUGCCGACUCUCAAAGCUCAGUUAGACGAAAGCUAAGUUUUAACCCGGCUGCUGGGCCGUCAUGGACUCAUGCGACAGUGGACGACGAUGGUGACGACGAUGACGACGGUGAUGAUCGAGAUGAAGAAUGUCAACGAAGUCUACUAUCAAUAUCAGAUGAUAGCAGUGCUCUUAUGCCCAACGACACUGUCUCGGACGGGCCUGACACUGUAGCUGCCUUUGAGGUACCAAGAUGGAAACGCAUUGCUCAAGUUUCCGUAGCCGUAUUGUAUUGCUUGCUCUCUGCCGGAGUGAUAUUUGGCUAUGCUGCGCUCAAGCCGAUCCUCGUAGAAGAGGGUGUAUAUAGAAAUCGAUGCAGCAAGGAAGAGCUUGACAGAGGGGAAUCCCUCUGUUACAACCAGGAUCUCAGAUUAAACUUCAUGUUCACUCUCUCAGCUGUUGCAACCAAUAUUUCCGCCCUUCCGGUGGGCAGCAUACUCGAUACUUUUGGCCCACGUUUCAGCGGUAGUAUUGGAAGUAUCCUCAUCGCAUCUGGAUCUCUUUGUCUCGCUCUCGCCUCUCUAUUACCAUUCGAUACAUACGUCGCCGGCUAUUUUCUUUUGGCCCUUGGUGGCCCCUUCGUUUUCAUAUCCUCCUUCCAGCUCUCCAACACAUUCCCCACGCAUUCUGGUCUUAUUUUGGCAAUUCUCACGGGCGCGUUUGACUCGUCGAGCGCCAUUUUUCUCCUUUUCCGAAUCCUUCAUGGCGGAUUCUUCACGCUCCGGAACCUAUUUCUUAUGUAUCUUAUUGUUCCCGCAGUCAUCCUCGCUUCCCAGAUUCUCCUUAUGCCAUCAACCUUGUACAAAACAGCAGGAGAACUUAUACAGCAAAAGGAAGACGUUAUCGCGGAAAACGCCACUGACGGCCCACCGGAGGGCUCCCUCAUAACCCGGGAACAAGAACAACAGCUACAAAACCGCAUCUCGCACCGCAUAUAUGUAGUCUCUCAAAUCGAAGAGCUCCUGGGCAAUGAACAACAUGAUUCCCAACAAACCAAGUCUACCCCGUCUCAGUCAACAACUCCUCAAACUCCCAAUAAAGUCCCGCAUGAAGCCCGGCGUUCCAACAGCGUCUGGGGCGUCCUGCACAUGGCCUCUGCUCUCCAACAAAUCCGUUCCCCCUAUUUCAUCUUAAUGACCUCCUUCGCCAUCCUCCAAAUGCUACGCAUAAACUACUUCAUCGCCAGCAUAGGCGUGCAAUACGAAUCCCUCCUCUCCUCCCCGCAGCUCGUGAAACAUUUAAAUCACGUCUUCGACCUUUUCUUACCGCUGGCAGGCAUCGUGGCAAUACCAUUUACCGGCCUAAUCCUCGACAGAGCAAGUACCGUCACAGCAGUAGCCACGCUCCUCUGCUGCUCCACGCUCGUUGGCAUCCUGGGCUGUAUUCCCCACAGCCUACUGGCAGCAUACGCACACAUUACCCUCUUCACGCUCUACAGACCCUUCUGCUACGCCUCCAUAUCUGACUAUGCAGCCAAGAUCUUCGGUUUCCAGACCUUUGGUAAAGUCUACGGGCUCAUGAUAUGCCUUGCCGGAUUGGGGAAUUUCCUACAGAUACCGCUAGAUAUACUGACGAUGAAGCUGUUCCGGCGUGACCCAAUUCCGGUGAAUAUCCUCCUGACGAUUAUGGUGUUCGUGGUGGGAGGGAUUUUGGUUUUGUUUGUGUGGUGGCGGGGUAGGGAGCGGAUGGGGAUUGUUGAUGUUGUUGUUGAGAAUGGUGAGCUGGGAGGGGUUCACGGUGUUCGUCAUUCUCCGUCGCGGAAACGUAGAUCGAGGAGGGAAAUUGGGCGUUCAGUUGAUCUUGGCGAGGACGACGGUGAUGGCGGGCCUAGUGAAAGAGACAGGCUGCUCACCGCUUCCCAUAGGGAGGACGCGAAUGGCUCUGCUUGUGUGUAUUUGGUAUAA